ACCUCCUACGUAACGUAAUGCUAAAUUAAGCCCUCCAAAUAAAGAGAGAAAGAUAAUGCUUUUUCUGUUCACUUCACUCCUAAAAGUAAACACACUAAAUAAGUAGCCAAACAAAAUGGUUGGUUUAGGAGGGAAGGAGGGGACAAUGGAGAAGAAGAUGAUGGUGAAGAAGCAGCUAAACAACAAUCAUCAAAAUACCCCCAGAUUUGCCUCCCAUUCGACCCUUCUUCUCUUCUCCGCUGCUGUUUUCGCCAUUCUCACAACAACGGCAGCAGCUCAACCAUUUGAUUAUGCCGAUGCAUUAACCAAGAGCCUCCUUUACUUUGAAUCCCAACGAUCCGGUCGUUUACCCUACAACCAACGCGUCACUUGGCGCGACAAUUCUGGCCUCACCGACGGAUUGGAACAAGGAGUGGACUUAGUGGGGGGAUAUUACGAUGCUGGGGAUCACGUCAAGUUUGGACUCCCAAUGGCUUUUACAGUCACAAUGUUGUCUUGGGGUAUCAUCGAAUUCCACGACGAAAUCGCCAUUGCCGGGGAAUUGGAGCAUGCUUUAGAGGCUAUUAAAUGGGGGACGGAUUACUUCAUCAAGGCACACACCAGCCCCAAUGUACUAUGGGCAGAGGUGGGUGAUGGGGACACUGACCAUUACUGUUGGCAACGCCCCGAGGAUAUGACCACCUCGCGCCAAGCUUACAAGAUCGACCAGAGCAAUCCCGGAUCGGAUCUGGCCGGAGAGACGGCGGCGGCAAUGGCGGCCGCCUCGAUUGUGUUCAAGAAAACAAACCCACAUUACUCUCUCUUACUCUUGCACCAUGCCCAAGAGUUGUUUGAGUUCGGGGAUAAGUACAGGGGGAAAUAUGACGGAAGUGUUGCGGUGGUGAAAAACUACUAUGCGUCGGUGAGCGGAUACAUGGAUGAGUUGCUGUGGGCAGCUUUGUGGCUUUACGAGGCCACCGACAAGGAGGAGUAUUUGAAAUACGUUGUAAACAAUGCUGAUGCUUUUGGUGGGAUUGGCUGGGCCAUUACGGAGUUCAGUUGGGAUGUUAAGUACGCUGGAGUUCAAAUUAUGGCCUCAAAGUUGCUGGAGAAGGAAAAACACAAGCAGCACGCUCACAUUCUGAAGCAAUACCGAUCAAAAGCCGAGUACUACCUAUGCUCAUGUCUCAACAAAAACAACGACACCACCACCAACAUUGACCGAACCCCAGGAGGCCUUUUAUACAUCCGGCAAUGGAACAACAUGCAAUACGUGACGACAGCAGCAUUCCUUCUCACCAUCUACUCAGAAUUCCUCCAAGAUUCGAACCAAAACCUCCAUUGUCGCGCCGGAACAGUGGAUCAUGAAGAGAUCCUCAGCUUUGCCAAAUCUCAAGUUGAUUACGUACUAGGUUCAAAUCCCAUGAACAUGAGUUAUUUAGUGGGUUAUGGAUCAAAAUACCCCACCAAGGUGCACCAUAGAGGGGCCUCAAUCGUGUCAUACAGGGAGAAUAAAGGGUUCAUUGGGUGCACUCAAGGUUAUGACCAUUGGUAUAAUCGAGCCGAAGUGAAUCCUAAUGUGUUGGUUGGGGCAGUGGUCGGGGGACCUGAUUCCGAAGAUAAUUUUUGGGACCAAAGAGAUAAUUACAUGCAAACCGAGGCUUGCACGUAUAAUACAGCUCCAUUAGUUGGAGUUUUGGCCAAAUUGUUACAGUUAGAGGAAAACCAUGAACUAGAAUUGUUUGCCUCUUAUUAGAAGCAAAUAUAAAUAUCAAGUGAGAGCAAAAAAAGAAAAGAAAAAGAAGAAAUUAGUGUUGAUGAGAACUUUAAAGCACCUUUUUUUUAGUGUGGCUGAACAAAGGCGUUCAAGCCCCAUUUUUAUUGUAUCUUCAUUUUUGUUGCAAUGUUAAUAAUAGUAAAAUAUAUAUAUAUAUAUAUAUAAA